AUGGGUAUCUCGAGAGAUUCCCGUCACAAGCGCUCCGCCUCCGGUGCCAAGCGCGCCUACUACCGGAAGAAGCGCGCUUUCGAGGCCGGUCGCCAGGGUGCCAACACCCGUAUCGGCCCCAAGCGAAUCCACACGGUCCGCACCCGUGGCGGCAACCACAAGUACCGCGCCCUCCGUCUCGACAGCGGUAACUUCGCCUGGGCCUCCGAGGGCUGCACCCGCAAGACCCGUGUCAUCGGCGUCGCCUACCACCCCUCCAACAACGAGCUCGUCCGCACCAACACCCUGACCAAGUCCGCCGUCGUCCAGAUCGAUGCCGCCCCCUUCCGUCAGUGGUACGAGGCCCACUACGGCCAGAAUCUCGGUCGUCGCCGCCAGCAGAAGCAGCAGGCCGCCGGCACCGUCGCCAAGGAAGAGGAGGUCAAGAAGUCCAAGUCUGUCGAGAAGAAGCAGGCUGAGCGCUUUGCCGCCCAGGGCAAGGUCGAGAAUGCCCUCGAGAAGCAGUUCGAGGCUGGUCGCCUGUACGCUGUCGUCUCCUCCCGCCCCGGCCAGUCCGGCCGCUGCGACGGAUACAUCCUUGAGGGUGAGGAGCUCGCCUUCUACCAGCGCAAGCUUCACAAGUAG